AUGGACAGGUUCCGCAACAAGCAGCCAGCGUAUGAUUUUGCUGUCACUUGGCGCCCUUAUAUGCUCAACCCGACCCUGCCCAAAUAUGGUGUUGACAAGGUCGAGGCAUACAAUCAAAAAUUCGGAGAAUCACGCGUGAAAGCUAUGGUUCCGCAUCUUACAAGUGUUUUCAAGAAAGAAGAUAUUGACUUUAGCUUUGGCGGUCUGAUAUCCAACACCAUGGACUCGCAUCGCUUACUUAAUAUUGCUCUUGGAAAUGGAGAUGCGGCAGGACGUGCAACUCAAGACAAAGUGGUCAAUCUCUUAUUCAAGGCCUACUUCGAAGAGAGCAAAAAUAUUGGUGAUCCUGAGUUGCUUACCCAAGUUGCAGCCGAGGCUGGCCUAGAUGUUGAAAAUGUGAAGGCUGUGCUAGCAAGCGAUACCGGAGUGGAUAAUAUUAUGGCCGAGAUGGCCGAGCGCAACGAAGGUGUCAAUGGUGUACCACAUUUCAUCAUUCAGAACAAGUACCGUAUCGGAGGAGCUGAAGAUCCCCAGGAAUUUGUUGAGAUCUUCGAUGAAAUUGCGGUUUCUAGUCAGUAACUGGGUGUCUAACCCUUUGGGCGAGCUCCUGACGAGCAACCGUGCGAUGAGUUCUCCCGCAUGGUUCAGUACACCGUAUAGGCUGGUCCUUUGCUUGGUAGUUGGCGUAUCUAGUGCUUCCACAAUGACGGUACGUAGCAAUGUAAACUCAUCAAAAGAGCCCAGCUCACCCUGGCAAUAUCAAACGAGUAUCACAGGUAUCUAAUACAAAAACACCUGGACGGAAAAGGUAAAACAGUGCCGUACGCGCAUAUUGGCAACGAAAUAAAAUUCACAUAUAAUAGCAAAAAGAAUGAUUAUUAGGUUUCUUAUAGCCUCCUAAAU